CAUGCUGUAGAGGUUCCAAUACUGCUGGGGCUGACUUCUUGAUUCAGAAACAAGUAGCAAAACUUCUGCAGCCUGACAACAUUAUAAGGAAUAAAAUGUCUUUCCAGAAAAUCCUAUACAUUUGUGCUUUGGUGUGUGCUUUCCUCGUGGCCUAUAGCAAUGCCGCAUGUUACAUGACAAAACCAACCUUGGACUUAAACCUAAAAAUACCUAAAGUAUGCAAAGAAAAUGAUGGAACAGUUCAUCAUUUUGGUGACGCAUGGACCAAAGACUGCUUCAAAUGUCAAUGCAUAAAGCCUGGAAGAAUCUCAUGCUGCACAAGCUUUGUAGAUCCGAUUGGUUAUGAUGAAAAGUUAUGCGAAAAGGUGUUCAAUGAGCAGUCCUGCUCUUACAUUGUGAGGAAGAAGGACAAUCCAGCUGAAACCUGUAAAGUUACAUCCAGUAUAGGUUAAACUCCUGUGCUCAUCUCCUAGGGGAAAAUGUUGUUUUCCAGGGCUUUGGGAUAAGGUCUUUGGCUGCCUGUGAGUUACUGGGAACUGUGAUUCAUCAACAGCUGCAGAGGCUUCGCUUGGCUCGAGGUCAUGGCUCCCUUUUCUCUGUUUGUUUGAGCAUUGUACAAAAUAAAAUACAUGAAAAAAAAAAAAA